AUGAUUCUCGAGUACGAGACUUUCAAAAUUGUCAUGUUCUUGGUCUUCAACUUCUUCCACGUCUACAUCGGGCCCGUCUGGAUGCGCUUCUUCGUCGAGCUUUGCAUCACUGUAUAUGACUCUCCCAUCGUCUACUUGGGCUCUCUGUUUAUCGCCAUGGAACUCUACCCCUCCCUCAUCAACCUAUCCGACAUGGCCCUGGAAGAAGGUCGCUCCAUACUCGCUCUCGCACUCUUCCUGACAAUCUCCAAGGUUGUUUUGCAACUGCGAGCUGAUGGUUUUCCCACUGGCAGAAUGGGAUCUAGAAUCAUAAGGGCAGAUCUCAUGAUUUAUACCCUCGGUGUGAUCGCAUUCGACGAUGCACACGCCAAUCAAGGUGAGUCUAUUAUACUGUGUGGUCUUGUCGUCUUGGUUGCCCCACUUCAUUACAUGAUCGGAUAUGUAUUGGCGUAG